AUGUCGAGAUCAGGGCAGAAUAACACUGGCGCGCCGCCGCAAUCAGGGCGCGACAGAUUCCACGCGCAUCGUGGCAACUCCCAACUUCAAACAGACAAUACACGACCUAACCAACCGACCUUCUCGACAACCCCAAUUGCUGGGAACAAGCGAUCAGUCGAAGAUGUGCAAGACAGUAGUGAAAACGAGAGAGAGACGAAGCGACCUUACGACCCACACUCUUCGCCAGAUGGACCCCCUCGAAGGCAGAUCGCAUCGUCUAUUGUCGUUCCGUCGGAAGCUAUGCUGUCGGUAGCAGCACAGUCAAGAGGCGUCUUUUCGGGAGGCGGGACAGCUCGCGGGCAAUCGAUCGCAAUGUCAACCGCCAGCCGGCCAACACGUCUAGCAGAAGUGGCAGCAAAAAACAACUCCCUAGCAGUCGGCAACGCUGUCCUAAGCGGGCUCGCUGUGUCGAUUGCAACAAACGCCCACCAAAACCAACUGUUGGCUCAGCUAUUGCCAUCUCUGAGGGCGAACGGCGUCAACGCAACUGGACUCGAUCCUCGAGCCACUCCGAACAGCUACAUGGGGUUCUUUCCCGGCUUGAUAAUCAACUGCAUGCUUUCCGUGACCGCUCAGGAUCCGCGCGCAGACCCGCAACGGGACGGUCGAUUCUUGCAAGACUAUCACGACUACGAGCGCGUGAACCCGACUGGCAACGGACGCUUGGAUGUGAGAAUGUACAACCGUGGUCUCAUUGGCAGGAAGUCGAGCAUUUGCUUGACCGAACAGUUCACGAUCAAGGCGAAUGAGAACGUGAGCUUUGUCGGCCGGCUCACUGAGCGCAGCACCGGACUCUUCCUCGAUGCGCUGAGCCAAGUGAAUGACCAGGCGUUGAAAGAGUGUGGUGACAGGAGGAGGGAAGAGGAGAGACGGAAGGCUGAAGCUGAGGCUGAGGCAGCGCGAUCGAGAGGCAGAUACCGACGAGGAAGCCGAGAGGACUAUUAG